AUGGACAAUAACGCUUGGGUAUUUGAUUCCUUGGUUGGUUUCCUUCAUGGCCCUGUGUGGAAUGUUCCUCUACAAACAUUUAUAGAGGAGAAAUCACUGCCUUUUGAACCGUCUGACGAUGGAGAAGUUAUAGACAGACCUGAUUACAAGAAGAUCCACGAAGAAUACAGAAAUUUGGUGGACGUGAUGCUCGGUUCGUUCAUGGAUGACAUCGGCAUCUCAGCUGAUCAAUUCGAAGCAGCGUGUCGGCUAUCAGCAAACGAUUUAGCUGGUCUCCCCACAUAUUUCCACAAACGCCUCUUUGAACAAAUAUGGGCGGCUAACGACUACGAAAUGUUUGUCAAAAUGAUGACACACAAAAACGUGGAACUGCAGUUGCAGGCCCUGGAUCUUAUCGAAAAAACAUAUGGCACCAUGCCAAGUCUAUUUUCCGUUAAUGCCGAAGACCUGGAUUCAUCACAAAGUGAUGAAAGUGCUGACUGGCCGGAUAACGAUGACGUGAUGAUUGAAAUUAAAAAAUUACAGCUUGAAGAUUUAGGAACAGAUGAGGUCGCUGUCCCCCCUGAAGAGGUGAUAGCUGAAAAGCAAACUCUAUUGUCGAAACUACACAGCUUUGAAAAGAAAGACGAACCCGUGCCAGUCGCAACCAAGAUAGAGAAGUCUACCGAGCUUCCCGUUGUAAGCUUACCUAAAAAAACUGAGGUUUCCGAGGAAGAGAUAAAGGUGCGCCAAGAAUACUUAAAACAACAACGAGAUAAGCUACUAGCGCUGAAGAAACAGGUCCGCGAAAAACAACUUGGCGCCGAAACUCAGGCGCUAUCUGGCGGCGGUGAAGGUAGUGCGAAAGUUCAAAGGCCAAAAUCGGCUCGUAUGGCCCAGGCCGCUUUGUCCGGAUCCGCGCCGCACCCAUCACCCGAUGCCAUGCAACUGAGAAGAGCCCUCGCUUCAAAACUGAAGACAGAAGUGGUAGAUAACUCCCAUUAG